GAUUUAUUCGAAUCCAAACGUAUGCGGUAUUGGGUGAUCCGUCGCGUUAAGUCCUCAACCACACAUCCGUCUUCUCCGGUCCACGAGCGCUCAUAUCGUCAACGGAAAUCCCCAUUGAUGACUUGAUUUUUCUCUUCUCUUCUAUAUGAAAACACUGAGGAAACUUGGUUAGCUUGAAGAAGAUUAUCAAUUGUCAUGGGCACCGUCAUCGACUCUCAUUUCUUGGCACUCACAGCCAUCGUUACUUUUUGCUAUCAGUUAUCGUUCUUCGUAGUCACAGCACUUCUCAAAUUCGAUAAAGUCACUGAUUUUGCAGGAAGCACAAAUUUUGUCAUACUCGCUCUAUUAACAUUGAUUCUAAAAGGAUCAUGGCACGUUAGACAGGUGGUUUUGAGCUUCUUUGUUGUAGUAUGGGGUCUUCGCCUUGGAGUGUUUCUAUUAAUGAGGAUCUUGAAUUGGGGAGAAGAUCGACGUUUUGAUGAGAUGCGUGAAAAUUUGGGAAAAUUGGCGGUUUUCUGGAUCUUUCAGGCUGUAUGGGUUUGGACAGUAAGUUUACCUGUGACAAUUGUGAAUGCAAGUGACUCAAAUCCAGGAAUUGAAGCUCGUGACAUAAUUGGAUGGAUUAUGUGGGCUGUGGGCCUCACAAUUGAAGCCACAGCUGAUCAACAAAAGUUAAUGUUCAAAAAUUCUCCAGCAAACAGAGGAAAAUGGUGUGAUGCUGGAUUAUGGGGGUAUUCUCGUCAUCCUAACUACUUUGGCGAGAUUUUUCUUUGGUGGGGAAUCUUUGUGGGGUCUACCCCUGUUUUAGAUGUGGGGAUACCCCUGCUUGAGGUAUCUGCAGAUAAGAAGUAUGGAAACGUGGCUGCAUAUCGACAUUAUAAAAACACAACAAGUCCUCUCAUUCCACUGCCUCCUAUGGUGUAUGGAAGCUUGCCCUCAUGGUUGAAAGUAGGUUUCCUAUUUGAGCUUCCUUUAUACAACAAGAAUCUUCCUAAAGAAGAAGUGUUAGGCUGGAAGAGAGAUGGAAGUACUACAAAAAAUAGGCUGAUUGCUUGCUAGAUGCCUGGUGUAUGCUAUAGUUCGUUACAAUUUUCCUGCUACAAGUAUUUUUUAUUUUUAACAUCGUUUAAUGUUGUAAAGAGUGUUCCAUAACAUGUAUUGCCCAAAAUUAUAUAUUUAUUAUGCAACAUUAUUGAAAUCAUAGAUUGACUUUUUUGUUAUAGUCAAAAUGUUCUUUCUAGGCUUUCCAAAUUCCAUCUCUUGUCAUCAUAUAAUUGUAAACUAAUUAA